AUGCCCUCCAGCCCGGGAAGCCAGCCAAUGCCGGCAAAGAGCGAGCCGUCAGCCGUGGGCGCCGCCGGCCACCAAUCAGCCUUCGCGUCGUCCUUCCGCUCCGCCUCGCCGCUGGCACAGGAAAUGCUGGCGCGGGACCUCGCCGAGUGUUCCGACUCGGACGCGGACAUCCCCGUCGACACGGACGCGCUGCUGCUGGAGGAAGGCGACGGCGACGAGGACGAGGUCGCAGAUUUCGACGUCACACCCGGCCCGACGCUGUACCGCCGGCCAAGCGGCGUCGCGUUCGGCGCCACGCGGCCGGCGCUCCCCGGGCCGGGCGGUCCGCUCGACGAGCCGCCCGUGCUGACCCCGGCCGAGCGGACGCGCAGCCGCGACGCGGAGCGCUCCCUGCUCCGCGACAACCACCUCCUCCCGCCCAAGCACCAGCGCCACCCCGCCAAGGAGGGCCUGGCCGGCUGGGCUGCUGGGCUGUACCGACGGCUGUUCAGCACCAAGGUGCGGCGGCCGCCAAGCGGCUUCGAUCAGGACCACGUGGCAGCGCGAGGCCAAGACGAUCGCCGGCUGGCCACGAGCCUGGACACGCUGUGCGCGCAGGCGUUCGGGUCCGGGCACAAGCACCUGGUCGGCCUGCAGCUGCAGCGGAUGACGUACUUCUUGUUUCUGCUGCUGAUCCCCGUCGCCGCCGUCUGGCUCAACGCCGAGCCGAUCCUGGCCAUGAUGAUCGAGAAGGAGAGCGCCGCGCUGGCCGCCACAUACCUGCGCAUUAUCGUGUUUGGCGCGCCCGCCUAUGCGGCCUUCGAAGGCGGCAAGCGCUUCGUCCAGGCCCAGGGCCUGUUCCACGCGACAACCUACGUGCUCCUGGUGGCUGCGCCGGCCAACAUCCUGAUGAACUGGCUGUUUGUUUGGCAGUUCGGUUGGGGGUUCAAGGGCGCGCCGCUGGCGGUCGCCGUCACGCAGAACAUGCUGCCGCUGCUUCUAUUCUUUUACGUGUGGAGGGUUGAGGGCUCCGAGGCCUGGGGAGGAUUCAGAAAGGCUGCGCUGAAGAACUGGGGACCGAUGAUCAGGCUGGCACUGCCCGGCAUGGUGAUGGUGGUGGCGGAAUGGUUUGCCUUUGAGAUUCUCACGCUCGCGUCCGGAAGAAUGGGCGUCGCCUAUCUGGCGGCCCAGAGCGUUCUGGUGACGGUGACGUCGACGACGUUCCAGAUUCCGUUCCCGCUCUCCAUCGCCGGCUCGACACGGGUCGCCAAUCUCAUCGGAGCCAAGCUGGUUGAUGCGGCCAAGACGUCGGCCAAAGUGAGCGUUGCGGGCGGAGUACUGGUCGGACUGUUCAACGUGACCCUCCUAGCAGCCCUCAGGUAUCGCAUUCCGCUGCUGUUCACGCAGGACCGCGAGGUCAUCGAGCUCGUAGCCCAAACCAUGCCCGUCUGUGCGGCGAUGCAACUGUUCGACAGCCUAGCAGCCGUGUCGCACGGGCUGCUGCGAGGCAUUGGGCGGCAGGAAUUCGGUGGCUACGCCAACCUAGCAUCUUACUACCUCGUGGCGCUGCCCAUCUCGUUCGGGUUUGGAUUCGGCCUCGAUUGGAAACUCACCGGCCUCUGGGUUGGUGUCACGGGGGGACUCUUCCUCGUCUCGCUGGCCGAGUACCUUUUCAUGUGGCACGUCGACUGGAAUCAAGCUGCGAAGGAGGCCGAGCAUCGGAAUGCUUCAGGAUAA